AUAAACUAGAGUUAUAUUCAGUUCUAAAUCUUUUAAAAUGUGUCCAUGACAAGCAGGUAAGCAUCCAUACAUCUGCUUAAAAAUAACAGCAAAGUGACUUCAGAUCUGAACUCAUAAUCAUCAAGUUUGGAAGGUUUUUGUCAGUAAGUGAUCCACGGAUAUUUGUCUGUGUCCUUGGUGACAGGAUACUGGUGCUAGUAGAAAGAGCCAGGCUGGAUCUUUCUCCCAGUUUCCAGUUUAUAGUUAAGCUAACUGGUUGUAUUUAUUGCACAGGCAUGAGACUGGUAUCAAUCGUCACCUGUAACCCUCUGCUAGAACCUAAACCUCGAGGUCAGGCACACAUACCUGGAAGAGAAACCCAAAGAUGAACUGAAAAAUCAUUACCAAAACUGUGUUGGAAGCAUCAAAGUGAUAAGAUUUCACUCUGACCUCCUGAUAAAGAGGUUUCAUCCGGGAAAGCUGUUGGUUUCCAGCCCCUGUCGGUUCUUGGUUUCUUGGCCCAUCGAACUUGAUGCCACUUUGUUUCUUCUGUACAAUAAAUUAGUUGAUGAUAAAACUGACACCCAAUGCCACAAAAAAAGAACAAGACUAAGAAAACAACGUGGUAGGGGAUUUGUAAUCUGACAUUGUUGUAGUGAUACAGAGUCUUAGAGAAAACACAAGCCUGUGAAGCUCAGUAAUGAUGCUGCUCACAUGUUCAUUACCGAGACCAUGUAUGGGAUUCUUCAUCAUCAGAGCAGACCUGCUCAUAUUUACACUUGGCUUAGCUUCAUUUUUGACUCUGCUUAAUUUACUGCACUGAGCAGAGAGAAGGUAAAAAUCCAUUCGCUCCAAGCAGUAAUAUUCUCAGUAACAGCUUCUGGCAGGAGGAGCCAGUUUAAAUGUUCUGGAGCUGAACAGCAGAGUCAUAAACUUUUACAGCAUCUCUUCUCCUCCUCUUCACUCCCUCCUCAUCACCCACUACUCACCUUUACAACUUCCACCCUCUCUCCACCUUUCAUUUCCUCCUCACUCUCACACAUCUUCUUGGUCUUCCUUUCUCCGUCUUUCUGUUACUUCACCUCAUCUUGUUUCUUCCUUGUGUUCUUCUUGUUUAUCUUCUCCCCCCGUCACACUUUCCUUCAUCUCCCCUCUAAUCUCUCCUACUCUUCAUCCUCGUCUCCCCCCUCCACCUCCUCCUCCCUGCAGGCUUUUGAUGGAGAGGAUUUCGAAUGUCAGCUGGGACAGUUGUCAUCGCAGGAGGAAUUCUGGCUACAGUCAUCUUACUGACCAUCGUCGCUGUACUGUGUUUAUGUAGGCUGCAGUACUACUGCUGUAAGAGGGACGAGUCUGAGAAGGGGGAAGAAGAGGAGCCAGAGCUUGGCAGCAUGUCGCCGUCCCACCCCCUGGCUCUGUCUGCUCCUCCUACACCUCCAACACCGGAGCACUACACCAAUGAGCCAGAGACCUACCCCCCCACCUUCCUUACAGAGGCCAAUGGGCCCGCCUGCUACUCCCCCACACCCCCGCCACGCAGGUGCCAGCGCCCACACGCCUUCUGCCCUUCCUGCGCCCGCUGCUCGCUGCCCUUCUACCUGCAGCGCCCAGAGAGGCUGUGCAACAGUGGGCGCAGGAUCAACUACAGGACUGUGCAGCAGGGCCUGGAGCUGCCCGCAGACCUGGCUGCCCUUUACCAGAAGCUCAACCUCAUCCGCUCUGUCACCAUGAAGGAGGUGGUCACCCACAGUGUCAGCACUGACGUCUAGGAGCAGACAGGGUGGAGGCUGUGGCCCUCCUGAGAAAUGUUGAUUUAUUCAGUCUGCUCUGACUCGGUACUGUCUGCAAACACACUAAAUUCAAAAGUUAUUGGCUGCUGUACUGUGUUGUACUGAUCAACAGCAACACUGAGGGCUUUUAUCUGACACUUCUCUAGGCAGCCAUGUUGAAGGUCUACACCUCAGGAGCAGCUGUGAAGAGCUGAAUGUGUUUCUGAACAUUUAGUUCUCAGACCUGAAGAGACGAUCUGUUGUCAGCUUUGACUUAAAACCAAUCAUAGUUAGCAGCUAGUUAAGUAGCAAUACAUGCGUAUAAAAGUAUAAAUAAGACUAUUUAAAAUUUGAGCUUUUGUCAGAAAUUUUAGCACGUUUUGUGAGUUUGUGUACACUACACAGGAUAAAUAGAGAUAAAACCUUUAGAGUCCACUUCAGCUUCCUAAAUGAGGCUAAUUGCUAGUUAGCCAGCUAGCUAACAGGCGGUUCAGGCUAAUCGAGUCUUUUAAAGAAUGAGUCUUUUCUUACUGUCAACAAAUCCCAUGAAAACACAAAAACCAGCAGUGAAUGCCUCCGACUGACAAGUCGAGUGUGGGUUUCACAGCCUGAUAUCUCUCGUCCCUCUGAGCCACAGAGCUCCACUGUGUCCAGAAGCUAUUAAAACUCAUAACUGACCAGUGUGUUGCACUGAAUGACACACUCCUUCAUCACCACAAACAUGUGCAUCUGUAGUUUAUUCUGACUCAGCCCCAUAUGCACUGUCCUGUUGCCACUAAUACUCACUAGAGACCGAAUGUGGAUUCAUCCGCCACUGAAAAUAGUCCCCAACACAUGCACAGUUAUCUCCUAAUGUUUGAUAAAAACGACAACGUUUUUUCUUUUCAGUUUAUAAAACUGUAUAUUUGUAUAUAUAAAGAUUUCUGUCUUCAUUAGGAACCAAUGGGCUUAAGGCUGAGAGCUGCAGAUAGAGUAGAAAACCUUAAAUACCGAGAGACCUUGCUUUUGCUUUUGGCUUUUUCGUGGGAUUUGUUGACAGUUUGUGAUUUGAGGAAAAAAAUAAAGCCUGAAGCCAGUUUGUUCCCUCAGUCUGGAGUUUUUCAGUUGAUUUUGUUUAAAUUUCCUUUUUUAGAAAUUCAUAAUUUGUGCACAACCAAACCUCUGAAUAUAAAAUAUAUGUGUGUAUUUUUACAGUUUGCUCCUGAUACCACUUGACUGGGACAUUCAUGCAGUGGAGAAUCAUACUGUACAAGUGUGUGAUUUAAAACGUUUGUUGGUUCAGAGCCAACUGUAAUUCAUUCACUUAACACCUCCUAUGAGCUAAGUAGUGUCUUUAAAUGCCUUUUUAGAGUUUAUUAGCUGAAGCUCUGGGACAACGUGGUCAAGCUGCGCAGGUGUUUUCACUUGUUCUGCCUGGUUACACCUCUUCUCAGGCCUGUGCAGGUGUGACAGGCUGAGUCAACAUACAAUCAGCCAAACUAACUGAGAACACCUGUGCAGGUGUGCAUAGCUUAGGAAGGUUAAAGCCAGUGGUAUGCACUGUAACAGAACCAUACCAACUUUGAAUCAGUUUUCUUCUAAACCUGGCAGGUGUCGUGGGGAGAAAGAAUCAUUUCUGAACAAUAGUUAUUGAUUAGAGAACAUAUGAUUAACGACUAAUUCAUGUUAGUAUGAUUCUGUGUCCACACACUAGGGUGUAUUUUUCUUCCCUCACUCUGUACAGUGUUGAUUUGUUAUAUUUAAUUAAAAAUCACCUGAUCUCCAAUAUCAACAAUUUGUAGGUUCAACACUUUAAGGCUCCUGAGCUCAGAACUGCUUUCAAUAUCUUUUUCUCACAUUGUCUUUUGUAGAGAAGACUGAAGCUGCUGCGUUUGUUCCCUCUGCUUCAAAGCAGAUGUUUCUGCAUUUAUGUCGAUGAGAGGUUUGAUGCUGUCACGCUGACCAGCAGGGGGCGUCAGCUGCUGUUGAACCUUCACCUACUGUAGCUGCUCUGUGUAUGAAAGUGGCUUCAUUUACUGUGUUCAUAAAA